CCCCGAGCAGUGUACUGCAAGGAUGUGUUAGACAUCGAGCAGUUCUCCACAGUGAAAGGAGUCAACCUGGACCAAACAGAUGAUGAUUUCUAUUCCAAGUUUUCCACAGGUUCGGUGUCUAUUCCAUGGCAAAAUGAGAUGAUAGAAACAGAGUGUUUCAAAGAGCUGAAUGUAUUUGGACCAAAUGGUACUGUUUCACCAGACCUAAACAAAAGCUACCCCCCAGAGCCACCCAAGAAAGGAUUGCUGCAGAGGAUAUUUAAACGACAGCAUCAGAACAAUUCAAAGAGUUCUCCAAAUUCAAAGACCAGUUUAAAUCACCACAUAAAUUCAAACCACGUAAGUUCAAACUCCACUGGAAGCAGCUAGUUCCAGCUCAGUUUUAUGAAACAACAUGUUGCAUCCUUCCACUGUAUCUAUGGAGCUUCUAUGGAUGAGAGAGCCUCCACCACUGAGUGAAAAAAAGAAAAGAUCUCCCCAGAAUGGAGAUUUUUUUAUCCAUUCCUUCCAGUGGAGCCUCGCAUUUUAAGAAGAAUUUUCCACUCAGGUCUGUUUUUGGAGGUGGCACUCAAGACUGUGUGAAUCAAAUUUGUCUAUUUAGAACAUUGCAAUAGAAAUUCAAUGAACAUGACUACUUGCACGUAUUUAAAUAGCAUCAUACUAGAACUGAAUUUUGUCUUUAUUAUUUUUAAAGAAAAGUUUUGUAAAUUUCUCUAUUGUCUCAGUUUACAUUUUGUACAUUUGUAUUUAAAUGAAAGUCAGACUUUGGAGGUGUAUAUUUUCCAAGCAGCAGCUGUAAAGCCAUGUGUUUUAAGACAUUUUUUUAAAAGAAAAAAAAAAAAAAUGUGACUCAAGACUUCCAAAGC